AUGAAUGCCCCACGAGGUCCCCAAAGGGGCAACAAAAUCACCGACUCGCCGACGAAGAGGAAGCGCGCCGAUUCCGAGCUGGCCGCGCCCAACAAGAAAGCUAAGCUCGAGGCGACCCUCAACCUAUCAUCAUCGUCGUCGUCCGAGGAGGACGUCAAAAUGCUCCAAGCCCUCGAGUCUAAAUACGACGUCCGCGUGCACUCCAUCAUAUCGUCUUCCAAGAUCCAGAAGAAAGUCGCUUCCAUCCUCCAACACCUUACCGACCACGCUGCUGGCAAGACGAAGACGGAGACGGAGACGGAGACGGGGAGGGGGAGCGGCGUAGUCGUUUUGCGCGCCAAAGCCCCCGACACCGGCAAGUUGGUCUCGAUAGCCGAAAUCGCGAAGCGCGAAUUGGGGAAGAGGCACGGCGAUGCGCGCGUCACAUGGUUCCAAUACAUCGCGUUGAGCGAGGAGCUUAAGGAAAGACCUAGAAACGAUGGCAAUACUAUUAUUGAGGAGACGAAGCUAGGCGGCACCGGCGCCGGUGGUGAUGGUAAUGAUGAUGAUUUUGAGAUUAUGAAAACCCCGUUUGAAAGAGCUAUCGAAGGCCAACCACGUUGGAGGGGAAUACCCGUCAUGAGCUUGUUCCUUUCUCCGGUACCCAUUGAGGAACUUAAGAAGCGAUAUGGAGAACAAACCAACGCUGCUUCUAAGUAG